CGUGCGCAGUAUAGUGGUCGCGCGCGAACCUGCGUGGUGUGCUGUGGUACUGUGUAGUGAACGAGUUUAAAAUGUGGCGGGAAAUAUAUCUGAUUUGGCUGCUUAUAGCCUACGCAGCAACAAUCAAAGUGCCCGUGGACUAUCAAGAAACCACCACUUUGAUAGUCAACGACACCAGUCCAACCCCAGACGCGCCCAUUUACUAUGAAUCAGAAUCAGAUGAGCCUAAGAUUGACAGUUAUCUCAUACCGCCCAACACGCAUAGCGCGGAGGACAAGCAAGAUGUAAUCCCUACGUACCUCCUUCCUCCCACACAAGACAAGCAGGAAGACUUCUAUGUCGUCCCCACUGAUGGAACACAGUCGGACUGGUACCCUAUACAAUCAGACCCGCAAAAUAACCCUGCCAUAUUACCACAGUCUUUACCUCAAAUCCAUCCUAGCGUUUUACCUGAACUCCCUCCGAGCCAGGGCUUUGUGUUACCACAUGCUCAGCAAGACGAUAUCCCAAUAUUUAUGGUAGGUGAAAACCAUCCGCGAUUUGAGCAUGCUAGGAAAGGAAAAGCACAGCAGCUACAAAACCAAGAGAUACAUGUGCCGUCCAGACAUCUAGAGCCUCCAGCGGAAGAUGCAGAAAAUCACUUCAUCCUGCCUACUCCCUCCGCGGAAUUGGAAUUGCCAUAUCAAGAACAGCAGCAACAGUUCGUCGCUCCGUCAGAGGAGGUGUACGAGCUGCCUAUCAAGGGACCUAAUCAUAACUUUAAUCCGAAGAACAAGCCUAUAAAACUCCGCCUGGAGCCGGCUAAGCCGACCCUAUCGUUGCAUCUCACGCCGCCAAAGCCCCUCAACAAAAAUCCCACAAGAUUGUAUCCAAAAAAAUAUCCAGGAGGAUUCAAGCCCGUCCCGAUUCCUUUAACUCAGUUUGCCGAGGAUUCUGCAGCCGAAGUCCCCAAAGCGAAGCCCGCGAAACCGUUUAAUCCCGUCGCAGAUCCCGAAUCUGAAUAUUCGACACCGAGCGAUAAGGAUACUUACCUGUACGAGAAACUCAAGCAGAAGCGCAAAUUGAGGAAGGAAAAAGCCGCAAAGCAACAACUUCCGCCCUUACAAGAGCCGGCAAAUGGCCCAGGAGUGUCGGAGCAAGAAACUUCCGAGACACACUUUAGGUACCCUGGACGCAACGUGUACCCCGCGCCGCUCCGGCAAGCGCCGCCGACGCCGCCGCCGCGGCCGCUGUCCGGCGCCGCGCCGUCCGCGCCGCCGCCGGCCGGCGACCGGACCGAGUUCCGCAUGCACGGCAUGAAGGGCCCGCACAGCUACCAGUUCGGCUACGACACUGGCAAGGGUAAAAACCGCCAAUUCCGCUUCGAAGAGCGCGACAACGACGGGCACGUGCGCGGGCACUACGGGUACGUGGACAAGCACGGCAAGCUUCGCGUCGUCAACUAUGACGCGGAUCCCAAGCUCGGCUUCCGCGCAGAGGCCCCUGUGGAGUCUGAACCGUGAUUUCAUAACGGUGUACCUUUAGAAACCACAAUUAGAUUUAAAAUAACAACCAAAAAUGGCUGAAUGUCACACUGACACAAGCCAUUGUCAUUGCUGUUAAGACGGCUAGCUGCGCGUCGUCCCCAAGAUUCCAAGCUUGGCUUUCGCGCUGAGGCUCCUGUUGAGAGCGAGGCGUGAUUUUAUAAUGAUGUACCUUUAGAAACCAUAAUCAUCUUCCAAAAUACUAGUUAAGAUGGCUGAAUGUCAUAGUGACACAAGUCAUUGUUGUUAAAACUUUCCUCUUUACAACGACGGGCACUACGGCUACGUGGACAAGCACGGCAAGCUUGGCGUCGUCAACUAUGACGCGGAUCCCAAGCUCGGCUUCCGCGAAGAGGCCUCUGUGGAGUCUGAACCCUGAUUUUAUAACGGUGUACCUUUAGAAACCACAAUUAUAUUUAAAAUAACUACCAAAAAUGGCUGAAUGUCACACUGCCACAAGCCAUUGUCAUUGCUGUUAAAACGGCUAGCUGCGCGUCGUCCCCAAGAUUCCAAGCUUGGCUUUCGCGCUGAGGUUCCUGUUGAGAGCGAGGCGUGAUUUUAUAAUGAUGUACCUUUAGAAACCAUAAUCAUCUUCCAAAAUACUAGUUAAGAUGGCUGAAU